AUGAUAUCUGACAGACGUAGCUUCAUCUUGAUCGCCUUCCUAGUCGCAAACUUCUCGAGGCCCCAGACAAUCUCGUGCGUUGUCGCAUCCCACCAUGUCAAGCCCGCUGCCUACAGUUCCCGGCCUCCCCCCCUUCUUUUGCGACUGUCUGGGGGCGAGGUUGAGCCGUCUGAGAGCAAGCAUGAGGACGGGAGCAAGGCCUCCCUCGCUUCCUCCUCUGCUUACAACUCCACGGAGUCCAGCCAGGUCAACGAGGCCGGAGUUGGGUUGGGGAUCGCGAGGACAAAGGACGGACAUUGCAUCGUGGCAAAGAUCCUGGAAGGGUCGUCAGCUGCUGAAAGCGGAGAAGUGGAGAUAAAGGACAGGAUCAUUGAGGUCGACGGAACGACUGUCAAGGGGCUGAGCCCUGCGGAGGUCGGCAAGCUACUCAAGGGUAAGGAAGGGAGCGAGGUAGAGAUGAUAGUUGAGUCACAGAAACGAAGUGGAGCUGUGCAAUGCGUCGCUCUUGUUCGUCGUGGUGUGAAGCAGUCCUUGCAAAAGACUUUGGGAAUGGGUCUCUCUCGCAACGACAAGAAUCAAUGUCUAGUCAGUAAGAUUCUCACAGGAGGUCGAGUGGAGCAGAGCGGGGGUUUGAAAGUUGGAGAUAUCAUUGUUUCAAUCAACGGGGUGAAAGGUUUUGAACCGGAAUGGAAAGUUUUUCAAGGUCACGAUUCCAUCAACUCAGCUCUCGGGUCAAAAUGCAAGAAUGCAGAAACAGGAAAUGCAUACUCCAUCAUCAACUCGCUUGCGCGCGCCCCCUUCGACGCAACCGACAACAAGCCUCUCGUCAAGUUUCUCUUUAGCUCCAAGAAAGAGGUCGUUGGUGUUGGCUUGCAAGCUCAGAAGAAUGUCCAUGGAGACUUCAUGGUCACAUCCAUAGAGGAGGGUUCGCCGGCAGCGAGCUCUGGGAGGAUUGCUCUAGGCGACGUUAUUGCAAAAGUCGACGGCCAUGUGGUCAAACAUCUUCAAUGGGAGUCGCUGGCCAACCUUCUUUCCGGCGCCCCGGGAUCUUCGCUGUCCAUCACCUUCUGCAGGUGGACCCCUGCGGACGGUGCGAACGAGGGGGGUUGGAGGACAUUUGAAGUCAACCUUCGCCGUCAGAAGACACAGCGAGCAUGUCAAGCUACCAUGAUACCGAAGAAUGCUCAAGUCUAUGUGGACGAGGGGCACCUCCAGCAGCUGGUUGACAUGGGAUUCCCUGAGGAGACGGCAAGAAAAGCGCUGAUGGCAACGCACAACGACAUUGAGUCUGCUGUCACAUGGAUUGAGGUGAAUGGGAACAGUGCCAACAAGUUCCACGAGUACAAAGAAAUCUCGAUGCUGACAACGGCAGAGGCUGCAGCGAUAGAAGAGGAAGGAGGACGAGUGCAGCUGUUGGGCAAGGGAACCAACCCUGUGGAGCAGCUUAUGUCUCUCGGUUUCUCCCGCCCUGAGGUCGAGAAGGCCUUGAGGAAGACGCAGGGCAGGGUGAUGAUGGCGGCUGACCGGCUCUUGGAGAAGCAGAGCCUCAUGGAGAGGAGGAAGGCGGAGAGCGAGAAGAAAGAAAAGGUGCAGGCGAAGCAGGGAGGUUUCUUCGCCUCGCUCCUCGGGUUCGGGUCGAAAGAAACCAUCGCAUGA